AUGCCAUUUUCCCGAUUUCUGACCCUCGCUAAAUCCGCGAAUCAAAACGGAGUCAACAAUCAACGUUCUGUUUCGAGAGACGACACUUCGUCAUCAGAAGACGAUCAAACGAUUUUUGAACUGGCCGACCUGCCUCAAAAUACCUGGUACUCGUCUCUGGGACCCCAGAGCGGGCGUGUUUUCGGACUUCCCUAUGGCAGCCAGUCAGAUACGGAGAAAGGAAAGCGCUACUUCGAUUCCUUAGGAGGGUCCGAGGUUCAUGGAUUCAAAAGAAGCGUGGAUAAUUAUGGAUUUGACAGACGAAAAACGCAGCGAGAGUAUCUAAACGAACCACUGAACAAAAAUGUUGUUAGACAUGCAUAUGGAUCACGUAGUCGCACGAAACGAGACGCAGCUGAGGUUACUAAAUCAUUGAGUCACCAUUCUACAGUAGAUUCUGAAGGAGAACAUGAGCUGCAGAAACGUUCUUUAGACUCACUUGGUGGAUAUCAGGUUCAUGGGUGGAAAAGGGGUUUAGAUAAUCUUGGUGGAUACCACGUUCACGGGUGGAAAAGAGGUUUAGAUAGUCUGGGUGGAUACCAGGUUCAUGGGUGGAAAAGAGGUUUAGAUAGUCUAGGGGGAUACCAGGUUCAUGGGUGGAAAAGAGGUUUAGAUAGUCUAGGGGGAUACCAGGUUCAUGGGUGGAAAAGAGGUUUAGAUAGUCUAGGGGGAUACCAGGUUCAUGGGUGGAAAAGAGGUUUAGAUAGUCUAGGGGGAUACCAGGUUCAUGGGUGGAAAAGGGGUUUAGAUAGUCUAGGGGGAAACCAGGUUCAUGGGUGGAAAAGAGGUUUAGAUACUCUUGAUGGACAUACGGAUCAGGGCUUGAAACAAAACAGUGAGAAAAGAGGUUUGGAUCCACUGGGUGGGUUUCAGGUACAUGGAUGGAAGAAAAGGUCAACUAGGUCGAUUAAUGGUAAUGGGUUUAAUAAUCAGGACAUUUCAAGUGCCCGAAACACAAAAGCUGGGGAAACUGGUUCUAUAAAUCCAUCGGACAGUGCCUGGGACAGUAGCAGCGAGGUUCACAGUCAGCAACAAGAGCAGAAACGAGGGUUAGAUUCUCUGGGUGGAUAUCAAGUUCACGGGUGGAAACGAGAUGAGGAAAAACGAGGGUUAGAUUCUCUGGGUGGAUAUCAAGUUCACGGUUGGAAACGAGAUGAUGAAAAACGAGGGUUAGAUUCUCUGGGUGGAUAUCAAGUUCACGGAUGGAAGAGAUAUGCCAAUGAGAAACGAGGAUUAGAUUCUCUCGGGGGAUAUCAAGUUCAUGGGUGGAAACGAGAUGAAGAAAAACGAGGGUUAGAUUCUCUCGGAGGUUAUCAAGUUCAUGGUUGGAAACGAGAUUAUGAGAAACGAGGGUUAGAUUCUCUGGGGGGAUAUCAAGUUCAUGGGUGGAAAAGAGAUGAUGAAAAACGAGGGUUAGAUUCCCUGGGUGGAUAUCAAGUUCAUGGGUGGAAAAGAGAUGAUGAAAAACGAGGGUUAGAUUCCCUGGGUGGAUAUCAAGUUCAUGGGUGGAAAAGAGAUGAUGAAAAACGAGGGUUAGAUUCCCUGGGUGGAUAUCAAGUUCAUGGCUGGAAACGAGAUGAUGAGAAACGAGAGUUUGAUUCUAUUGAUGGUCGUGGCACUAUCUGGGGAGGAAUUAAUAUGGGAAAUUCAUCUUCAUUAUAUCCUCGAAGACCGCAAUGUUAG